CUCUUUAAGUAAAAGCAUUUUCUCAAACGGAUAAGCGUCUCGUUGCCCUCCCUCAUCUCCUCUUCUCCUCUUCUCCUCUUCUGAGUGUCUCAAAUGGCGAUUUCAUGUAAUCUCCUUCGAUUACCCUUCACAAUGCAUCCUAGCUUCUCUUCUUCACACUCUGCUCGCCCUUUCAACUACCCCAUCCCAUCUCGACGCUACUUUACCACUUACUCCGCCGGACCGCAUACCUCGGGACCCCUACGACCGGCAACCGGCCGUCCGAUCGAUCCCUUAGCUGCGGUGGUGAACCCUGCUCUGAGACACGCGAACGUUUUGUUCUUUACCUCGUGCUACAACGUCCAGAUAUUAGUUGAGGAGAACGAGCCUGAGGAGGUGCUGCUCCGGCGAUUUCGGCGGGAAGUCAGCAAAGCUGGCAUCAUCCCGGAAUGCAAGCGGCGAAGGUUCUUUGAGAAUCUUCAGGAGGAGAAGAAAAGGAAGGCGCGGGAAGCUGGGCGCCGAAAUCGGCGAAGACGGUUUUCAGCGCAAAGAUUCGGCUCAGCAUCACAAGAAGAAAAUAGUCCAAACAAGAAGGCCAGUGAUGACAUGGAUGAUAAUUGGGAUCUGCCUGAAGGAGGCAUCCCUAGCUGAAAUCUGUAAGCAUCUUAAUGAUUAUUCAUUUUAUUCGAAGUUAUUUUAUGCGAUAUAUGAUACUAAAUUCAGCUUAAUGAACAAGAAGAGCGAGAGAGUCUAUCCUUGCCAAUUCUAUCCUAUUGUAGACACUAAUGGAAUUAUUGUAUGGUGCAAAUUGUUAUUCUGAUAUAAUAUCUACUUUCCAAGUGAUGCUACAGUUCAGUUACCAUUGUAAUUUUUUUUUUUUAGUUCUUGAAAGAAGCUUCCUUGUAGCUGGAACUUGUCUUGUUUCUAUUGAGUAGGGAUAUAGUAAUAAUAAUCUAAAGAGCAGAAUAGCAUUAUGGAA